UGGUUGCCAUGGAAACUACCCGCGCGCCAAACAGCAGGAUUAUAAUAAUGUUAGAAAGACUUCCAAACUAAGCGAAACGGAGAUCCAAAGCAACAGAAAUUGUGGGUUCGCUACACUUUCUUCCUCCCUGUCUUCGCAGUAAAUCGUCUUCCUUGUCUCCACGGAGCUACUGACAGACAAGCAAACGCAGUAGCUACGUUUUCUAAAUAACGCGCAGCACGUAGCCACCACUCCUGACUACUCGGGGAUGGCUCAGAAGCUAAAGAUUCCCUGGCAGUACGCGGGCUACGGUGUACCUCAGCAGCGUGUCUACAAACCACCGCCUCUACCACUCGGAGCCGCACGGCGCGGCGAGGGAGAAGAAAAACCUGGAGCCUCACCUAAACUAUCUCCUCGCUCUCCCGGCGCAGCUCUCGCUACUAGCGGGAAGCGACCCAGACCUCCUACCACUGCGACGGACAGUAGGUCAAAGGAAGAGUCGUCACAGAGAAAGACGGGUAGCCAAGGAUUGUCUAGUACGCCUCACGCCCCGAGGAAGAAGAGGUCUGUUCUGGAGCUCCUGCCUGGCAGAGUAGGAGGCAGUCUCCUGCUGCCGUCUACACACCAACUGAUGCAGAAACACUCCUACAUUGACUCAGGGAAGCUAAAGACAGUACCACUGAAAGAGAGUAAUGUGGAGAGGAAGAGAGAGGGAGAGAAAGGAGGAGGGAGAGGGAAAGAGGGAAAGGAACAAAGGAAGGAGAGACAGAAACCGCUACCCACCAAGAAACAGGCCUGGCAGGAAGGUCACAAGAAAACAGGGGAUAAACCAGAAAAACAGGUCAAACAAGUUCAGCCGUACAGGAGAACAGUCACUACCACUCUACCUGAAGGGGUUCCACUCUUGGAUCUCAGUAGACUGAAUGAACCAGAUCACCAGAUGAACCCUGUGUAUGAGGUACUCCUGGUGUGACCUGUUGCACCAUGCUGUCAACUCCCACAUCUCUCCUCUCUCCUCCCUCUCCCCGUCUCCCUGUCACUGGGCCGGCUGCAACACCACCCCACUGAGAACAUCUGGAGACCCAUCAUUGUAGUCCAGGUCCCAAGCCCAUUCCACCCUCUGUGGCAGUCACUCUCGCAAAACUGAAACAUUGUCCUCCUCUUGAGAAUGAAGUGGAGUCCCCUCUGACAAAGGCAGUUCGUGUGACAGCUGCUCUUGUCCUCAGAAACCUGUGUCGAAUGGCUCCCUCCACUACCUCUUCCCUGCUUUGUUUCUUCACCUUUUAGUACAUUUAUCCUAACACCCACAUGUUCUAUAAUAUACAUGUAUAAUCCCUCUCUUACUUCAUUACCCUCACUCCCUCUCUCCCAACAGUCAGAUAAGGAGACAUGAACACAGACUAAGUGAAGUGGCUCUGUCUGACAGAGAAGCUGCUCACGCCAUUACAGAGUGUCUCACCUAUUUAAACCUCCCUCUCUCGCUGCUAACCCUCAUAAUAACACUGUCACACAUCAUCAGUUGACUGAAAACUCAUACAGCUCUCCCUAAUGAUUGUAUUAUACAUUUCAUCAGUCUUUCAAAUUCAGAGAAAGCUGCAUAAGUUU